GCGGGCGGGCAGCGCCUCUGCGGCCGCGGCGCGGACCGGGGCAUGAGGCUGCGCAUGGAGCCGGCGGCGGCCGUGCCGGGCAACCUCUCCCGCAGCGGCGGCGGCGGCGGCGGCAAUGAGAGCGGCGGGGCGGCGGCGGCGGCGGGGGGGGCGGCGGCGGGGUGGUCGGCGGCGGCGCUGGCCUCGCAGGCGCUUGCGCUGCUGCUCAUCUUUGCCAUCUCGGCGCUGGGUAACGGGGCGGUGGUGCUGGUGAUCGCCCGGCACCGGCAGCUCCGCACGGUCACCAACGCCUUCGUGCUGUCGCUGUCGCUGUCGGAGCUGCUGGGUGCCCUGCUCUGCCUGCCCCUGGCCUUCCUCAGCCUGCUCAGCCGCCCGCCCGGCGCCUGGCUCUUCGGGCAGCGCCUCUGCCUGGCCAGCGCCGCCCUCCACGCCGGGCUGGGCAUCGCCGCCACCCUCACCAUGGCCCUCCUCUCCUUCGACCGCUACUGCGCCAUCGUCCGCCAGCCCCGACACAAGAUGGGCCGCCGCCGCGCUGCCCAGCUCCUGGCCGCCGUCUGGCUGGCCGCCCUGGCCCUGGCCGGACCCUGGUACGGGCUGGCGGGCGAGGGGCAGCGAGAGGCCCGGCCCGGGGCCUACCGCUGUGUCUACGUGCUGCCCUGGGGCUCCUCCCGGCUGGGGCCGCCGUACGGCGCGGCCCUCAUCGUGCUCUGCUACCUCCUGCCCUUCGCCCUCAUGUGCUUCUGCCACUACAACAUCUGCCGGGCGGUGCGGCUGGCUGAGAGCCGCGUGCGGCCCCUCACCACCUACGGGCACCUGCUGCGGGCCUACGGGGAGAUGCGCACAGCCACCACCGUCCUCAUCAUGAUCGUCUCCAUCAUCUGCUGCUGGGGGCCCUACUGCAUCCUGGGGCUGGUUGCCGCUGCUGGCCGCUUGCCCUUCUCACCCACCAUGGACGCGGUGGCCAGCGGGAUGGCCUGGGCCAAUGGUGCUAUCAACCCCCUCAUCUAUGCCGCCCGCAACCCCAACAUCUCUGUGCUGCUGCGGCGCAGCCGUGAGGGCGGCUACAGGACUAGGAACAACGUGGCGGCCUACCUCUCAGCCUCAGGCCACCGGCCGGAGCCCCGGAGCCGGGCUGACCGCGUCCGGGAGCGCUAUGUCAACCGGCAGAGCGGCCCCCAAGGCAGUGCCCCAUCCUCCUCCAGCCCAGUGAGUGGGGGAGAGGUGGCCAUGUGGGCCUGCAAGAACCCCGCUGUCCUCUUCUGUCGGGAUGGGCAGCCAGACACCAUCUCUGAGGCAGCCUUGCAGGCCAAAGUGGACACUGUCAACACCAGCCUCUGAAGGGAUUGGGGUCCGGGAUGGAAGCCUUGGGCCCUGGGGCCCUUUCCCUGAGGAAAUGUGGGGACCCCUGGCCCUUGGAGCCCUUUGCAGCCAGACUACCAGGAAAUUGGAGAGACAGGACUGUGCGAGUCACAGUGUGAUUUCUUCUCCAUCGUGUGAGCUCUGGUUUGGCGACCUAGUCUGCCAGGAGUGAGAGAUCCAUGGGUAAAGGGAGCGCCUCUUCCCUUUCAGCAGGCCUGACACACUGGUGGUAGCCACUGAACCCAGCCAGCACAAGAGUCUGACUGCAAGAACAAAACAGGGUUUACUCUGGUCCUGCAGAAAGUGCCGCAGUGGAGCUAAGAGGCAGACACACAAAUACAGCCCAAACCAACUGACUGUGUACAGUCAGCUUAAAACAGUAUGAAUAUGAGAAGUGAGAGUUCUUCAGACAGACUGAGGAAAAGGGUGUGGGUGUAGACUAUGGUAUCACUGAGUUUGUGCACAAGGUGUGCAUUUUCUUUUUGAGCUCAUCCGAAGCGUCUCACAUCUCUAAGAGUGUAACCAUGUUUAGAGGAGCCAUGCGAGAGAGGUGAGUAUCUGAAAGCAGAGGUAAAGCAAUUCCAUGCGCUCUUCGUGUGCUCUUAAGCAUGUGAAAAUGUGUAUAUGCAGAGAACAGAUAUUAUUGUAUUGAUGGUGGCAAUCCAUCUGGAGUGUAAUAUUUAAAAAUCAGCUGUUUGCUAUUGAAAAAAAGGAAAAUAACACAAUGGAAGUGCAAUUGCAUGGCAUAAAUUCAAAUGAAUUUAUCAGUAUAAUUUUUUUGUUCAAAGGCCUAAAGCCUUAAAUUAGUAUUUUGAAUCAGAAACUGAGAUUGGGCCUUCCUUUAUCUUUGCCAGAGUUAAAUAUGAAAGACAAGCAGUGUUUUUCCUUGUACAGGCUUUAAAAAUGCAACGUUACUGCUUUACAGGCUUUUUCAACUGUUUGUGACCCAAGUGAACAUACUAUCGUUAUUUUGUAAGUGAGACAAGAAAUAAAUUGUCUUCUAUGCAGGAGA